CCCUAACAGUAUAAAAUCGCAGGCGCCGCCCGCUCCCCUCUCCAAUAUCCCUCCAUUCUCCUACCAAAAAUCGCAGCGCCGCCCGCACCAAUCUCGAAGUGUUCGAAAGUUUCCAGACCCCCAAAAGGCGAAGCGGCGAUGAGUUCCACCGGAGGCGGCGGCCGCGGGAAGGCGAAGCCAGCGACCAAGUCGGUGUCGCGGUCCUCCAAGGCUGGGCUUCAGUUCCCCGUCGGUCGCAUCGCGCGGUACCUCAAGGCCGGGAAGUAUGCGGAGCGCGUCGGCGCCGGGGCCCCCGUGUACCUCUCCGCCGUUCUCGAGUAUCUCGCCGCCGAGGUGCUGGAGCUGGCCGGGAACGCUGCUCGGGACAACAAGAAGAACCGUAUCGUGCCGCGCCACAUCCAGCUGGCGGUGCGGAACGACGAGGAGCUGAGCAAGCUGCUGGGCACUGUGACGAUCGCGGCCGGCGGCGUGAUGCCGAACAUCCAUCAGACCCUGCUGCCCAAGAAAGCUGGUCAGAAGGGGGACAUCGGCUCUGCCUCCCAGGAGUUCUAAGCGUUUCGGCGGAAUGAGGAGAGGGACCGCCCCCUGUUUCUGUCUCGUCCGCGUGGUUGUGUUUCAGCUCUGCGGUUUUUGGGGGAGUGCUGUCGAUGAGUUGGGAUUGAUAUGGGUUGUGGGGAUGUAAACAAACGCAGCGCGUUGUUUCAUGAAUGAAUGAUGGAUAGAAGGAACAUAUCUAUCAUGAUUUCUACCCUGGUUGCAUUUGGAUCCGAUUUGCUCCUAUCGUUUGGUCCAUUGUAUCAGACCUGAUGAUGGAACUCUUUAUAUCGGUUCUAUGAACUCUGCAUCAUUUGUCAGAUUUCAA